AUGGCAAGCACAAGCAGAGAUAGAGGCAGAGGGCGUAAGUAUUUAAAUGGCAACCAGAAGCGAGCACUGGCAAAGGCAAAGGUGCUUGAAAAUGAAAAACAUCGAGGUGCUAUCAAAAAAUUUCUUGUCACUCCACCUUUGAAACGCCCAUGUAUUGAAGAUGAAGAAGACAAAAACGAUUCAGAAAAUGACAAUACAGCCAUUAGUCCAAUUACAGUUGAUGAAUACAAUGAAGAAAUUGAUAUUCAGUUUGAAAAAGUUCAAGUUGACACACAGACACAGUUGAAUCAAACUGAAGACGAUCUUAAUACAACAGAAGACAGUGCCAAAGUGAGAAGUCCACUUAUAGCUAAAGAAGAGUCAGAAGGCCAAGCCCAAACAUCAAACAGUGAUGGAUCAUCCACAAGUUUAGUGGAGCUGUUUGCAAAGUUUGACUCUGUUCUUGAAGAACAUUUACGUAAAGUCAAGGCCAACGAAAUUCAUAAUCACUAUUUAGGAAAAGAUACUCAGAAUGAACUACUAGACAUUAUGGCUACAGCUGUUUUGAAUGAGAUACUGAAUCGCGUAAAAGCAGCUAAGUACUAUGCCAUAAUUUUAGACUGCACACCUGACUUGAGCCACCAGGAGCAAAUGUCUCUAACGAUCAGGUAUGUUUCUGAUGGCAACUUGGCUCCUUCAGGUGUUUAUGAACAUUUCAUACAGUUUAUGCAGGUUGAAAGUAGCACAGGAGAAAAUUUAUAUAAAACAUUAUUAAACACACUAGAGGAAUUAAAAUUGGAUGUGAAAGACAUUCGAGGCCAAGGUUAUGACAACGGUAGCAAUAUGAAAGGUCACACAUCGGGAGUACAAGCACGGCUGUUGCAGGAUAAUCCAAGAGCCUUCUUUGUACCCUGCGCAUGUCACAAUUAUAACCUGUUACUAGGAGAUGUAGCCAAGUGCUGUCCAGAUGCUAUAACAUUUUUUGGGAUCUUGCAAAGGAUCUACAUAAUGUUCUCAGCAUCAACAAAGAGGUGGGCAGUUUUUAAGAAACAUGUACCUGGGUUAUCAGUGAAACCCUUGAGCGACACAAGGUGGGAGUGUCGGAUUGAUAGUGUUAAAGCUAUUCGUUAUCAGGUUGGAGAAGUAUAUGAUGCACUUGUGGAAACAUCAGAGAUAACAGAUGAGCCCAAGGUAAAAGCAGAGACAGAAGGUUUAGCAAACCAGCUAAAAGACUAUAAAUUUUUAGUUUCUUUGAUAUUUUGGCAUAAUUUACUUUUUAAAGUUAACUAUGUUAGCAAGGAACUACAAGGUAAAACAAAGGACAUUGAUGAAGGCAUGGAGUCAUUUGAAAAACUAUUAUCAUGGCUAAGAAAAUAUAGAGAGAGUGGUUUUAAUGAUGUCCUAAUAGGCGCAAAUGAUUUGGCUGAAGCUGUUGAAUUACCACUAGAAUUUAGGAAAUUUCAAGAUAAACGACUACAAAGAAGGAAGAGAAUGUUUUCAUAUGAGGCAAAAGAUCAAGCUUUUGAUGAUCCAAAAGAAGCAUAUAGAGUUCAGUGCUUUACCUUAGUGCUAGACAAAGCUAUUCAAUCUCUAGAAUCUAGAUUUAUGCAGCUUAAAAGCCAUAUAAAAUUAUUUGGAUUUUUAAAUAACUUUCAGGGCUUACAAAAGGCAGAAAUAAGGAAACACACAGUAGACCUUGAAGCAGCUUUAAUUGACACCAAACUAAAACAGAACACUGAUGUAGAGGUAGGUACUGUAACAAGUAAAGAUGUAGAUGGUUAUCUGUUGGCUGAAGAACUUGAAGCUCUGAAAACUUUUCUGCCCACCAGUGUCGCCAAGCCCCAAGCCCUGUUUGAAUACCUGGUAUAUAUCAAGUAA